UAUAAAUUCGUCGACCUCACGGCGGAAGAACGGCAUCACAGACGCACACUCCUCGACUACUAUGGAUUUUUCGCACAAGUUUCCGUCGUCGUUCCGAUUCUGGUGCUUUUGGCUUAUAUCUGGACGUCGAAAAUCUCGAGGAGAUUCGCGAACGCGACGAGUGAGAGUCGUGGUGAGGGACCGCCUAGUUCGCCGUAUGUUAAGGCCGCGAGAUUGGGGCGGGGGUUGAAGGGUAGUGGGGGGUGGAGGAAGGUGGUUUGGUGGUUUGGGGAGGAGGUGAAAAUUUUGAGGUUUGGAAUCGUGGGUGGAUCUCAACUACCGUUCCAUUACCUACUAUCUCUGAAAUCGCCAUAUUCGCCAAUACAACUCCUCACGGGGGCUUCGCAUGAGAGCUUGAUCUCAAUUCAUCAGAUUCUUGGGAAGAUUAUCACGAUUCUGUUCUGGUGUCAUGCUACGCUUUAUGUGGCAUUCUUUAUCAUCAAGAGCCUUUUGGCUGCGAAGAUCCAAGAGUUCUACAUCAUGUGCGGCAUCUUCGCGACCUUGGGAUUCACAGCUAUAGGCACGACUGCACUCAAGCCAGUCCGAGAUUGGAGCUAUAGGGUCUUCUACAUCACGCAUGUGAGCUUGGCCACGAUCUUACUGCCGGCGUUGUACUUCCACGUUGAGCACAUCCGACCUUAUAUUUACGAGACGGUCUUGGUGUAUGUGGUAAACGUUGGACUGCGCUUUAUCUCGACCAGGUCGCACGAUGCAUCGAUCAAGCAAGUCUCGGAAAACCUGGUGGAGAUUAGCAUUCCUCUUGCCAAAGGAGCUGGACGAUGGCAGCCUGGACAGCAUGCUUAUGUCUCGCUUCGCGGCAACCCGGCGCUGCGAACUUUCCGAUCGAAUCCAUUUACUGUUGCGUCACUCCCGCCAAUCGAUGGCAAGCUGAGAUUCCUGGCUCGGAUUCUGGACGGCAACACUGCGAAGCUUGUGCGGAACUCACCUGGCUCAAAGGUGUCUGUCGAAGGACCUUAUGGCGUGGCAACUCAUGGUGCUGCGCUGCUGAGCUGCGACCGCGUACUGUUCGUGGCUGGAGGUGUUGGAGCGACUUUCAUUGUGCCGUUGUACAGACAACUGUUGAGCGAUCUCUCGCCAAGCAAAGGCAGUUAUAGGAGACAGAAAGUCAGCUUUUUGUGGGUUGCGCGCUCAAUGGCGGAUGUUUCAUGGGCUGUGCCGGCAGAUUCGGAAAAAGAAGGCUUCACGGAAAGAUUGACGGUUUUCCUCACCCAAGACAGCGAAGGACAUGCAACGACGACAUCCGAUGGAUUCGCUAUUGGAGGUGAUGAGGAUGAUGGUGCGCCUGGAGAGGAAGGCAUCGAGCUUGAGGAGCGGAAGAAUCUGCUCGCUGAAGGAGGCGAUGAAAAAAAGGGUGGCGUCAAUGCUGGUGGUGAUAAUGCGACCAAUGGUCUCUCCUUACGGGUUGGCAGACCUGAUGUAGCGCAGGCGGUGCAAGAUGUGUUCACGCAGGGCAGGACAGAGCGGGUAGGUGUCGUCGUGUGUGGACCGAGAGGUUUGAGCAGGAAUGUGCGAAAAGAGGUUGGUCGAUGGGUCAAGCAAGGUAGAGACGUGUGGUUCUGGGAGGAAGUCUUCGGCUUGUAG